AUGUUUGAUACCCAAAGUUUUUCUGAUAAGUCAAAUCUAAUAUUUAAUGAUCAGAAAAUCAUUAAUGAAUUUAAUCCAAUAUCUGAUAGCCAAGAAAUUUCUAACACCUAUGAAUCUGGUGAAAUUUUGGAAGGAAAUAUAUUGGAAAAUAAUAUGUUCAUUGACAAAGUUAAUGAAAGCGACACUAGUGAAUAUAGCGACAAUAGUGAAUUAGAUGAUGCAGUUUUUCCAAGCAUUGUAUAUCAAGAUUUUGUAAACAUUGUAAUUAUCAAACAGACUAAUUUAAUUGAAAUUUUGGUUUUUAAAUAUCUCAAAUAA